AGAUUUUGGAAGCUUUUCACUCUCCGUGAUUUAAUCCUCAGCAACAUCACUCACGGCCAAUACCACAAUUACUGGUGUUUGUCUACUGCGCGACCCUUUCAGCCCUCCCUCCCGUCUCUUGCGCUCCGUUCGAGAGCUUCAGCAGCCAUGUCUGCAGCUCACACCACCCGCGCCGUCCUUCGUCAAUCCCGGCUUGUCCUCCGCCGAAACAAUUUCAGACAAGCUUCCACCGUCUCAGAUGCCGCGUCAAAAGCACAAGAAACUGGCAAGCAGACCGUGUCAAAGGCCUCCGAAGGCUUGACGAAAGUCCAGAGCUCUGCUGGCUCCGCUAUCUCGAGAGUCGGCUCUUCUGCGUACAAUGCUUUGCAGAGGGUUGGUGGAAGGACAGGAAGAAUGAUUGCCUUCGUCGAAUCGUUAAUACCCCCUACCGUCUACUACUCCCGUGUCGGAUUGGAGCUUGCAAGAAUUGUUUUCAAGGAACAAAAAAUGGCACUGCCGCCUAUGUCACAGUUCCAAUCCUACUUCCAGCCUAUGAUCAAUGUGUUCCGGAAUCCUCGAACCAUCGGCUCAAGCGCUAGCUCCCUAAUGGACUCCAUCAACCCCGAAGCGUUUUUGAGCAGCGUCCGAAACGUCAACUCCCAACAGAUGACCACCGUCGCCAUCGUCUUUGCUGAAGUCCUGGGCUUCUUUACCGUGGGCGAGAUGCUUGGAAGGUUGAAGGUUGUCGGAUACCACGGCGAACCACACCAUGAGCAUUAGAACGAGGAAUAGGGAAGUGCUGGCCUUGUAAACUUAGGAGUCAAUCAUGUGAGGAAAAGCAAAGGCAAUACAUAUCUAAGGAUCAUCAACGUUUCACUUUCCUCCCACCAGUUUGCAUGUCAGAGCAGGUUCUUACCAAUAUGCGGCCAGCGCAGGCCGUUAUCGAGCAGCUGGCACUGGCACAGGGGGCUGCAGCUCUUUUCCACAACGCAGCACACAGUUGUGUUUCGUUCCGGUUGCGAAGCAUGCAUU